CUUCCACGAACCCCCCUCCUCCUCCUCCGUAAGAGGACCGGCGUGUCUCUCUCUCGUUUCCGCGUUCGGUGACAAAGGACCCAGAAGGCCCCCGCCCCCCCCUUCUCCUAAACAAUCUGAGAUGGGGAGCGCAUGGAUGCACGUGCUCUUCCUCCUCCUGGCCGCCAUCUCCGCCGCCGCCGAAGCCGCGGCGGCGUCCGGGGGCGAGGCGCUGCGGCGGGAGGCGGACAGGGUGAGGGGCUUGCCGGGGCAGCCGGCGGGGGCGAGGUUCAGGCACUACGCGGGGUACGUGGAGCUCCAGCACCCCGACGAGCACAAGGCGCUCUUCUACUGGUUCUUCGAAGCUCAAGCGGACGCUCCUCGCAAGCCUCUCGUCCUCUGGCUCAAUGGAGGGCCUGGAUGCUCGUCGGUGGCCUUUGGAGCUGCACAGGAACUGGGUCCAUUCCUGGUCAGGAAGGACCUCCAUAAUGGAACACAUCUCGUUCUCAACAGAUUCUCCUGGAACAGAGUGGCAAAUCUGCUCUUCUUGGAGGCGCCGGUGGGGGUCGGGUUCUCGUACACCAACAGGUCGGAGGAUCUGAGCAGGCUCGGGGAUCAUGUCACGGCCGGCGACUCUCAUUCGUUCUUGAUGGGUUGGUUCCAGAGGUUCCCAAGUUUCAGAUCCCAUGACUUCUACAUCGCCGGAGAGAGCUAUGCAGGGCACUACGUACCUCAACUUGCAGAAGUUAUUUAUGAGAGAAACAAGGGAGGACAUGGCUCCUUCAUCAAUCUCAAAGGUUUCAUGAUCGGGAACGCGGUGAUCAAUGAUCCGACGGACACCCAGGGACUAAUCGACUACGCAUGGAGCCACGCCAUAAUCUCGGACCAGCUCCACGACGGCAUCUUCAAGGAAUGCGAUUUCAGCUCGAGCAACAUGACCGUAACCCUGCUUUGCUCUUCCCUCUUCAGGGACUUCUUGGUAGCUUACUCCGACAUCGACAUUUACAGCAUCUACACUCCGGUUUGCGACCUUCCCGACUGGUCUGCCGCCCAAAGGCUCACCAUCACGCCUCGACUUCUCGCCGGCCAUGACUUGCGGCAGGAGUUGCCGUCGGGUUACGACCCGUGCACGGAAGAGUACGUCGAGGAAUACUUCAACAGGAAAGAUGUUCAGAUCGCCCUCCACGCCAAUCUCACCGGACUCCCUUAUCGCUACACAACUUGCAGCCGCGUGAUUAAGGGCUGGAAGGAAUCUGCAGACACCAUAUUGCCCAUCAUCCGCAAGCUCUUGGACGCGGGUCUUCGCAUUUGGAUAUAUAGCGGCGACACCGACGGGCGAGUGCCGGUGACGUCGACGAGGUACAGCGUGAAGGAGAUGAAGCUGAGGGUAAAGGAGGAAUGGCGGGCGUGGUUCCACAAGCAGCAGGUGGCCGGCUGGGUGGAGAUCUACGAGGGCGGGCUGACGUUGGCCACCGUGCGGGGCGCCGGCCACCAGGUCCCCGUCUUCGCGCCCGACCAGUCCCUCUCGCUCUUCACCCAUUUCCUCGCCACCGACGCCUUGCCGUCUACCCGUCGCUAGCGAGCCGAUCCACCGAAGCUCCGCAUUGCUUCUGUUCUUUUAAGGGGCUUUUGAUUUGACAAGCGAAUGAUCGAUAAUUCGUCUGCGUGAUCCGGAGUUUCUCGCUGUUUGCGUUGGUACGAUAUCCGGCUACUAUUUGGUGUGCUAAUAA